GCACAAUUCGGCAAACUCCCCUAUAGAUCCAAAUAAGCAUUUUGGACCCCACGGAACGCAAGGGCGGCUGUCUGGUCUGAGAUGGUUCAGGUCAAAUUGUAUGGUUCCAGUAUGGGAUACAGAGGAAAAUAUACGCCUGGCCCGAGUAGUUAACAACGCCUACACACGCCAUACCGAGGGCAAUCCCCCAUUCGAAUCGACAAAGAGACUAAGACAAUCGACACCGGGUCUAACUCUUUUGUCUCCUGAAACAAUUUUUGCUAUUCUCGCCUACUGGUUCUGUGUAUUUUUUGCAGUCGUAAUCUUUUUUGGCUUUUGUUUUGAUAGAGCUUGAUUGGGACUAGUGUCUUCGCUUAGCGAGAAGCGAGCAUGUUGAAGAAAGACAAGUACAGCACCGCAGGACAUGUUUAAAAGCA